AUGAAAGGCAAAGCUGUGGAAGUAUAUAGCAACAGUUUCGUCCAAGACAAUAGCAUUUCAUCGGAUCUUCCUUGUAAGAAACAUCCACAAUCAUCUUCGGUUGGUAUAUGUGCUUAUUGUCUCAAGGAUCGUUUAGUGAAGCUGGUUUGCUCGGAUUGUGGAGAGCAGCGGCUGUCUUCAUGUUCCUGCUCUGAGAUCUCCUCCAACCCUCGUACAUCAUGCACUGGUGAAGUGGGCAGCGUUGGUCGUGUCUCGUUCUUGAUAGAGAAUGAGAACAAGGACCAAUCUCUUCUCAAUCCGAAGCACGAAAGCAAUAGUAGAGAUAAAUCUGAAGAUGCUAUCUUUCUCAAAAGAAGUAGCAGUAGCUGCGUUGAGAUCAAAAGGAAGAAUGGGUUCUGGAGAUUCGGAAGGUUGUUUAGGAAGAAGAGAGACAAAGGGGUGAUAGACGAGAAGAACGAUCUGUGGGUCGUUGAUUACAAUGGCGUGUCAAGGUCAAGGUCUCUGUGUAGUUUUAGGGGAGGUGGGUUCUUCGGUUCGGAAGAUGGAGGUGACUCGAUGAGCUUUUCGGGGGCGAGGAGUUCUUCGAUUUCGGCUGCUCGGAGUUCGAGUGUGAACGGUGGUCUGUGUGUUGAUCCCGAAAGGAAAAGCGGGUUCAGCGAAGCAGAGCCGAUGAAAAGCGGGUUCGACACUGAUAGAAAAGACAGUGCUUUCGUGGAGUCCGAUGUUGCUGUUGAUAUCAAAGCAAUGAGAAAAUCUGGGGGUGGAGUGUUGGAUCUUGAUGCUGCUGGUUUCAGUGCAUCAAACAGGCGUGUCUUCUCUCUUAGAGAGAGUUAUUUCACCGGUGGAGAUGAUUCGGGCUUCAUCGACUUGAAAUUCGAGUUCCCAUUGGAAUCUAAAGGAGAUAUCGAUACCCCUGCUUUUGGCAGCAUGAGGGGAGCUGUCGAUUGCGGUUCUAAUUCGAUUAAGAAUGGCUUGGUUUGUGAUAAUGGGGUCUUUUGUUGUGGUGAUUCAUGUAGGGUAACCGUGAAUGAAAGAGGGAUAAAAAGGAGUAGAAAAAGUUUCAAGGGAUGGAGAUGGAUUUUCAGGCACAACCAAGAUUGGAGCAGUGCCAGUAAGAAAAAUGGGGAGCUUGUUGUCAAUCAUUGA